AUGGGUGUAACCGUGUUGCAGCCGUAUCCCGUCGAAAACAAGUCCGGUGCACAAACGAUAGAUUUUUUGUUGAAACGAGUGGUUGCCCUGGGUGCGAUCCCCGCAGGGCAAUUUCUCGUGGACUGUGAAACCUACAGCUCAAACCCCCAGCUCGGACCUCCGAAAACCGUUCACAUUUUGCAUAAUUCAGAACAACCUGCAUCGGUGUUUUCCAUUCUCGAUACCGGCUCGAAGCAGAUACCUCUUGUGACGGAUGGGCUGUUUGAUCUGCUAAUGACACGGAUUACUCCGGCUUAUACCUCAAAGAAGCAGACAAAGAUUGAAUCCAAGGGCCAACGGUUCGAGUUUGGUGACUUUCUCAUCAAGUUAGGCAGCGUGACUAUGAGUCAAAACUUCAAAGGAGUGCUAGUAGAAGUGGAAUACCGACCGUGUCUGGUUCCAGGCAGCUGCUGGGAGCUCAUGAGAGAAUUUUUGCAAGGAUUCUUGGGCUCCAACGUUUCCAACUCGAUGCCGGCUUACUUUACGCAACGUUCAAGCAUCAAUCCCAACCAUUCCAAAGCAAACGAGAUAUAUCAGCCGAUCGAUACGAUUAAUCAAUACUUGGAGCAUUUUACAAAUUAUCGGAAACAAACCAUGGCACCCGUUGGUGUUCGUCCUUAA